AUGGAGGACAUAACCGGAGGCGCAUCUCUACCAUCAACAGGUACAGACGCAAAAAAACGCCGAGUCACCUACUUCUAUGAACCCACAAUCGGCGACUACUACUACGGUCAAGGUCACCCAAUGAAACCCCACAGAAUCCGUAUGGCCCACAACUUGAUAGUCCACUACGCUCUCCACCGUCGGAUGGAAAUCAACCGUCCCUUCCCAGCAGGUCCUACAGACAUUCGAAAGUUCCAUUCUGACGAGUACGUGGAAUUCUUGUCUUCUGUGACACCACAAUCAGUUAGCGAUCAAGCACAUGGGAGGCAGUUGAAGAGGUUUAAUGUUGGUGAAGAUUGUCCAGUUUUUGAUGGGUUAUUUGGGUUUUGUCAAGCCUCUGCUGGUGGCUCAAUUGGUGCUGCUGUUAAGCUUAAUAGAGGGGAUGCUGAUAUUGCUUUGAAUUGGGCUGGUGGGUUACAUCAUGCUAAGAAGAGUGAGGCUUCUGGGUUUUGUUAUGUAAAUGAUAUUGUUCUCGGCAUUCUUGAGUUGCUCAAAGUUCACAGGCGUGUAUUGUAUGUAGAUAUUGAUGUCCACCAUGGCGAUGGCGUUGAGGAGGCAUUCUAUACUACUGACAGGGUUAUGACUGUGUCCUUCCAUAAAUAUGGAGAUUUCUUUCCAGGGACUGGGCACAUUAAGGACACCGGGGCUGGGCAAGGGAAGAACUAUGCCCUGAAUAUUCCAUUAAAUGAUGGGAUGGAUGAUGAAAAUUUCCGUGGUCUGUUUCGGCCACUCAUCCAAAAAGUGAUGGAGGUUUAUCAACCUGAUGCAGUUGUUCUCCAAUGUGGAGCAGAUUCACUAUCUGGUGAUAGGCUGGGGUGUUUCAACUUGUCUGUUAAGGGCCAUGCAGACUGCCUUCGUUUUCUUAGAUCUUUUAAUGUUCCUCUGAUGGUCUUGGGUGGGGGUGGGUAUACUAUCAGGAAUGUUGCCCGUUGCUGGUGCUAUGAGACAGCAGUUGCAGUUGGGGUGGAACCAGAUAAUAAAUUGCCUUACAAUGAGUACUAUGAGUACUUUGGCCCUCAUUACACACUUCAUGUUGAGCCAUCUAAUGUGGAUAACCUAAACUCACCCAAAGAUAUGGAGAGAAUAAGGAACAUGCUGCUAGAGCAACUUUCUAGACUGCCUAAUGCUCCCAGUGUACCUUUUCAGACAACACCACCCACUACUGAAGUUCCGGAAGAGCCUGAAGAGGACAUGGAUCGAAGACCAAAGCGUCGCAUAUGGAAUGGUGAGGAUUAUGAGUCUGAUCGUGAUGAAGAUGAGAAAUCUGGACCUAGAUUUUUCAACGCUGAUGCACUGUCAAAUAAUGAGAGAAGGGAGGGUGUGGAUGCGAUGGAAGAAGACAAGAAAGAAAAUCCAGGGUUGUGA